AUGCAACGUUCAACUCGUCCGCUCACAAUACUCAAGAAACAGUGCUUGCAAGCAUCCAAUAUCCGUGUAUUUUCUCGUGCAUUGGCAACGGCAGGAACAGCAGAGCAUGACUGUCGCACUCCUUCUCCUGCAGGCAAGAAGUUGUACGAGACACACAUCCCCAUCUCCAAGAUUGAACGAACUGUAUUGACAGCUGCUUCUGCUGUGGCAGCAUUGAAUAAUCCGUUGCGUGGUGAUAUGAUUGCCACCUUGGGAGAAGCUACUGGCCGUGUCUUUUUGGCUCGCAUGAGAGACCAGAUGCUGGCAUCCGAUGUAGGCAGACGCAUUCUACGUGAACGUCCUAUCAUCAACACAAAAACUCUCGAUUUUGAAGCAUUGAAAAAGACGUGUGCACCAGGUACUUUUGGACAGACGUAUAUCAGCUGGUUGGAAGCAGAGGGCGUGACACCAGACACGCGCUGUGAUGUCAAGUACGUGGAUGAUGAGGAACUGGCUUAUGUGAUUAAGCGCUAUCGUGAAAUCCAUGACUUCUUCCAUACACUCACUGGUUUGGGUGUCACUGUAGAGGAGGAGAUUGCUCUCAAGUGGUUUGAAUGGGCUCAGACGGGCCUUCCCAUGACAAUGCUGGCAUCUGUGUUUGGUCCCUUGAGAAUGACUUGGCCUGAACGAAAGCGACUGUAUGCUGGCUAUGUGCCUUGGGCUUUGCAAUGUGGUGCAUCUUGCACUCCUCUGAUGAAUGUCUAUUUUGAAGAGCACUUUCAUACACCUUUGGAUGAAUUUCGUAAGCAAUUAGGUAUCACACUGCCCCCACAGUAUCCAAUUCAUGACAAAUAA